GAGGGAAGAGAAAAGGGACAACGCCGAGCUCGAGCAAAGCGUCUUAAUUAUAACAAACAAAGGAGACAGCCAAGGAAGAUAUCAUCAGAAGUAGAGGAGGGAGGAGAGAUGGAGGGGGCUGUAGGAGAGGAUAGGGAGUUGGGGGUUGCUGGUGGUGCAACAGGAGAGGAGGGUAAGGAGGAGACAGGUGAUGGUGAUGAAGGAAAUGGUGUAUUAUCUGAUGAGGCAUUAGUGGAUACAGGAGAAGGAGGAGAGGGUAAUAGCAGCAAGAAAAAGAAGAAAAAAAAGAAAAAAAAAGAACAUAAAAACCCUAAAGUUAAAAAGAGACACCCUAAUUUAUUAGGAGACAGUCAGAUAGGCUGGUUCGAUAUACAACGUAAUUAUUAUGACGAAGAGGAGACACCUGACUUUAAAUCUCUUAUGCAAGACUUAGAGGACUCUAUUGCUGAGGCAUUACACGUUAGCCCCAGCCGUGUGCGAGGGUUUCAGGCGCGUUACUAUGAGAAGAGAGUAGUGUUUGCUAUACACCCCGAUCCUCUUUUCUUAGGGAAAAAGGAGGGACAAGAAGAGCAGCAAGAAGGGGAGACACAAGAGACAGAUCUAUCAAACCCUAAACCCGUAGGGGCCCUUAGUCCCCUUGUCCUUAUGGAGGCCCUCAGCCAGCUUACAGAACAAAUGCUGCAAAAGAAUGAGGUCUUCGCAGAUAUUACAGGUGGCGGUGCUACCUUCGGUUGGGACGGUCCCGGGAGCCGUCCCUACUGCGACGAGAAGGAGACAGUAGAGGAUGGGGAACCGAUGGUGGCAGAAGAAGGAAAAGAGGAAAAGAAAAAGAAGAAAAAGAAAAAGAAACAUAAAGAUAAAGAAAAAAACAAAAUAAAUGAUGAUGAUGUUAAUUUACACCACGAAGAAGAAGAAGAAGAAAAUAUUUAUCCUGCACAAGCAGCAGAAUACAGCAGAACCCCUUCGCCGCCAGGUUCACCUCCAGCAGCAGCAGAGGCAGACCCGAUCCCUGCUUCUGCUGCUAUUGCUGAAGCAGCAGCUGUCGCCCCAGCUGCGGCAGCAGCAACUGCAGCUGCUGCAGCUGCUGCUGCAGCAGCAGUAGUUGCAACGGGAAAGAAAAAGAAAGACAAAAAGGAGAAAAAGGAGAAAAAGGAGAAAAAGGAAAAAAAAGAAAAGAAGGAGAAAAAGGAAAAGAAAGAGAAGAAAGGGAAAAAAGAAGAGAAGGAGACACCAGAACCAUCAGAAGAGAUGGUGUCUCCGCCGGCAUCACCCAAAGAAGCAAAGAGAGACACUCCUCCAGUCCCUGUAGCAUCACCGAAGGAACCCUCACCUGUCCCCAGUCUUAGCAGCAGCAAACCCAGCAGCAGCAGUAGCAGCAGCAGAAGCAGCAGCAGCAGCGACCCUCUGCCACCUCCACCUCCCCCCAAACCCAAGGGCCUCAGCUUAGCCGCAGCAGGAAGAAUUGCUGCUGCUGUAACACGGCUAAGAAGACGCCGCUAUCCUCCACCAUCAAGCAGCAGCAGCAGCAGUAGUAGUAGCAGCAGAAAGAGCAGCAGCAGCAGUAGCAGCAGUAGCAGCAUCAGCAGCAGCAGCAUAAGUGAGACAGACUCGGAGACACGAGAGCAGGAGCGUAUGUUGCGUGCGCAGCUGUCCGAGUUAUGUCGUCAGCAGCAGCAACUGCAGCAGCACAUAGCGCAGCAGCAGCAGCUGAUGCUGCAGCAGCAGCAGCAAAGUUCUUCGGAGACGAAUUCUCUGUCUGCUUCUCUCUCCUUUGGUACUGCAUCUAAUGCAGCAGAGUUGCGUUACAUUAGCUCAGACGAAGACGAGGAGGAGACAGAAAGGAGACAGCUACAAGAGGAGACAGAAAGGAAACUAAGAGAAAGACUAUUAGAAUUAGAAGCAGCAAAAGAAGAAAUGAAUGAAUUAAAGGAGACACUUAAAUUAACCAAGCAGCAGCUCGCAUACACCGCAGAACCUGUGCAUGCAAAAGAGCUUCAAUUGGAGUCUCUCCGCGACAACAGCAACGAGGAGACACUUUUCCCUCUUAUCCCUUCCCCUCCCCCAUUCUGCUCUUCUUGUAUAUCUUCAAAACUCCCGCAGCCGAUUUCUGCUGCUCCUGUGGCUGCUGCUGCUGCUGCGGAUAACAGCUGCUUGCCUGUAGGAGACAGUGAUCAUCCAGGGCAUGCAUUUGUAUCGCUGCGCACGCCUUUGCUGCAGCAGCAGCUGCUGCUCCCGCAGCAGCAGGAGGAGCAGCAGCAAUCGUAUAACCCUUGGUGGUUUCUGCGUAAGGCCCCAAGGGGGCUGCAGCAGCUGUCUCUCUUUUCUGUGGGAGCCACAAAGGAGACAGAUAAAUCAAAGGAGACAGAUACAUUAAAGGAGACGGAUAAAUUAAAGGAGACAGAUACUACAACAGGAAGGCCUUCUAUCAAUGAAGAGACAGCAUCGCAGGGACACUUCUCUUCGCCUGCAGAGGCUGCAGCAGUGCUACAGCAGCAGCACGACGAUCUCCGUAUGCAGCUGCUGCAGCAUAAGCAGCAGCAGCAGCAGCAGCUGAGGCGGCAGCAGCUGCUGCAGCAGCUGUCUAGACAGCGCAAAACCAGAGGGUUUGCCCCUAAGCAUCCUUCUAUUGCCUUUAAACCCCGACAGAAUAAACAACAAAAAGGAGACAAAGGAGACAGAGAGGACACUAACCCUAAUGUCUUGAGGGGCUUCUUUAGUAGCAGCAGCAGCACUAGCGGCUACAGCAGCUACAGCAGCAGCAGCAGUUACAGCAGCAGCAGCAGCAGCUACAGCAGCAGCACUGAAUCAGAUCAAUCAGACUGA